AUCCUCCAAGCUGUAAGCUGCUACACUCUGUCUUUUUCUCCUGAGGACUCAGUAAAUGAUGGUAGCCAUACGGGUACUCACACAUGUAUGGAGUUGCUACUGACAACAAACCCGGAUGGUGUUCUGCGGAGAGAAGAGAAGAGAACACGUACACAUUUCAUUUCUUUUCCUCUCUUUCCUUCCCAUGUUACUACAUUGUUACAAAAUCACACCUUGCCGAUACCCUCAUCUGUCUUUAUUGUUAUCAUCACGUUUUCCUUGGUCCAAUGUUUGCGAGAAUCGACCGGAUCGCUCUGUCGGGUGCCAGGUAGAAGAGGGGGGGCUCUCUACCAGCGUCUCGUUCGGAUCAACAUCUAGGUCGAUGAUGGCAUCAUUUCAACGGUAUUCAUCCUCACUAGAGGUAAAAGACACAAAUCUCCGUUGCCCUAAGCGAGAUAGGUCUCCGACCUCACUAUGCGGCGCUGCCCCCCUGUAUAGGUUUCCUUCUCUGCAAUCUGCAGGCGCGAUUUGCCUUACUAGGGAGAGGCUCGGCUUGUUACCAGCUUCGCCUCAUCUUUCUCUAACUUCGGUGGAGAUAGUAUCUCAGGCACCCUUUUCUCUUGUUAGGAUUUCACUCAACUCUCCUCAGAAGAGACCCAGGUACCUCACAAAUCCCAUCGAGUAAAGAGGAAGUCCGGGUUGUAAGAAAGAGAGAAAGUGCAUACUGGCCAGCCACAUAGGCUACAGGCUGCGGAAUACGCACACUCACUAUCCAUAUGCACGGCUCGCUCAAUCCUAUUCUGUAUG